AUGGUGUCUGGCCUUGCAACUGACAGAAAUAUGGAAACAGCACAUACGAAACGAUGCGAGCCUCCUACUCAGAGAAUCACCCGAGUACCACAACUUGAUCUUGAGUUUGGAGGGUCGAUGAAGAAUAUCCCCGUGGCUUACACCACACAUGGCACGCUUUCGCCCUCCGGGGAUAAUGUCAUAGUGAUAUGCCAUGCUCUGAGUGGAAGUGCAGAAGUUGGUGUGUGGUGGCGGUCUCUUCUGGAAUACGGACCUGGUGCAGCACUAGAUCCUUCAAAGUAUUUCAUUGUGUGCAUGAACUGCCUAGGGUCCCCGUAUGGAACUGCCAGUCCAUUGACUGACCAGAAUGGUGAUCCAUCCUUGGGUUCCUAUGGGCCUGACUUCCCCUUGACCAGCAUCCGAGACGAUGUUCGACUUUUCCGUUUGGCUCUGAAAUCCCUCGGAGUAACACAAAUCCUCUCAGUUAUUGGAGGCUCGAUGGGUGGGAUGCAUGUAAUGGAGUUUGCCUACUUUGGCCCCGAAUAUGUCAAGAGUAUCAUACCAAUUGCGACCUCUGCGAGCUACAGCGCAUGGGGCAUUGGAUGGGGAGAGAUGCAACGACAAUGCAUAUACAGCGAUACUCGAUUCCGCAACGGACGCUACAAUCAGGACGAAUCGCCUGCUAUGGGCUUAGCAGCCGCGCGAAUGGCCGCGAUGCUUUCUUACCGAAGUCAGAAGUCUUUUCAGGCACGAUUUGGACGGAAACUUCAUGAGGGAAAGAAAGAAAGCGUUACAACCCAAAAAAAUGGACUGUCUCUACUUUCUGUUCAAUCUUACCUGCAAUACCAAGGGGAUAAAUUCGUUGAUCGGUUCGACGCCAACUGUUAUAUUGCACUCACGCACAAACUCGACACACACGAUGUAUCUCGUGGUCGAUCAUCUACUAUUCAGGAAAGUUUGGCAUUGAUUAAGCAGCCCGCACUCGUGCUGAGCAUUCGUUCGGAUGUGCUUUUCACCUUCGAAGAGCAAUUGGAGUUGCACCGGGGAAUCCCAAAUUCAUUUCACCAGGAGAUCAUUUCUGACGAUGGCCACGACGGAUUUCUUUUGGAGACGGAGCAAAUCAACGGAUUCAUUCGCGAUUUCUUGCAAAGGCUGCAGGUGAGAAACCAAAUACAGUCCGUUUCCCCGGUUAGUGACGGCCUAGAGCUUUUGAGGACAAUGUGGCAGUCUACUAUUGGCGGUGCAUCAUGGCUGGGGUCGAUUCUGAAUGUGGGCGGAGCAUACGACGAGUAG